UUGCCACAAUCGCAUCAUAUAGCCAAGAGUCUCAGUUCACAUAGUCCUAAAAUAUCCAAUAAUGGCUGCAAGAGGGAGAUACCGACGAAUCUCGGACGUUGACCGAAAUCUCCUCAUCGAUGCCUUUGAGGCUGACGACGCUGACUAUCUGCAGGUAGCAGAUACGCUGGGCAUCAAGCACUCAACGGCCAGAUCAAUCGUUGGCGUAUAUCUUCGGGAUGGUCGUCGUAAUAAGCUGCCGAAAGGAGGACCCAUAAACCAGAAGGUUGACGACGACAUGAGAGAUGCCCUUCAAGGAUAUCUAGAUGACAACCCCCUUCUAACUUUGCGUCAACUCAAUACUCAACUGCGAGCUGAUCUUCCCGAUAAGCCCUUCGUGACCACUAGUACCAUCGCUAGAACUCUAGAUGGUAUGCUUAUAACUCUUAAACUAGCGGAAGAUGUUCCAGAACAGAGGAAUGAGCCACGCAUAUUAGAUGCACAAGUCAUAUUUGGAAAUUGGUUUCUUCAGGUUGGUGUCCUUGGCCACACUGUGUACAUUGACGAGACUGGGUAUAACAUAUGGACCCGUCGGUCUUAUGGUCGCGCUCCUCGUGGAGAGCCAGCAAGGCGUGUCGUCCAUGGCCAGAGAGGCAAGCAAGUCAACAUCACGUUUGCCAUUUCUGGUGAGGUUGGACUUGUGGCUCACAGAAUAUCAUCAGAGACUGUGACGAGAGCGACUUUUGAGGAUUUCUUAGCGACGACUGUACAAGAAUGCGGUAUGUUAUUCCCGGCAGGCGAACACAUAUAUCUGAUAUAUGACAACGCUCGUCCUCAUAUCCGAGCCCAACUACCCCCUGAUGCCGGCAAUUUCACCAUCAAGUUGCUGCCCCCAUACUCGCCAUUCUUAAAUCCUACGGAAAUGGCGCACUCAGCUUUCAAGGCGGGAGUGAAGCGCACGCUGGGGCUUCCUGAAUGGCAGGACAGAUUUGGAGACCAAGACGCAAGAGUCCAAGCUGGUGUGAACCUGCAAGUCUGGAGAUCCCUCCGUCUCCAGGAGGUGGCUGCACUCAACAUUGGUUGUGCACCGCCUGGUACAUCAUUCUCAGACAUAUCUCCCUCGAUGUCUUGGUAGACAGGUCAUUGAAGGAUAGACAAUCGAACUGAUAAAACGAGAGAGAACCUUAAGAAAUACAUAAAGAAAUUAAAAUACAAUUAAGAUAAUGAACCAACAAAAAGUCCCCAUGCAGAUCCCAUGUAACAUGGCACGUGAUGUGUCCCUUUACCGUUUCAAUAAUAUGGCUACAUGAUUAUUUUUAUUGAUUUCAUAUUGGUCAUAUUUAUAUCAAAUUCACAUUUCAUUUGCCUACA